AUGUUGUUCGCUCAUUUCGCUUUCCUUGUAUCAUUUCUGGUCUUUGGGAGCCUCAGCGUAGCUACACAGACCCCGCCAUGUUUGGUGUCUGCCAUGAGGUCUCAAUCGGAUUCUGAUAACCUCCAAAAUAUUUGUGCGACGAAUGUAGGCAAGGUUUGGGCCAAGAUCGUGGAGUUUUGCGGGGAUGAGAGACAGUUGGCUCUGGAGCAGUUAAAAGACACCUGCACACAUCUGCAGGCUACACUAUUGGUAGGUUUUGAACUUGAAUGA